GUUGCGUGACGUCAUUUGAAAGAAGAUGGCGGCCCUCGCACCGCUGUGUGUGGGGAUGUCACCCUCAGCCCUCCUGGGCUUCAGGCGUCUGUUGACGGAGCGAUAUUUCUCCGGGAGGCCGCUGACAUGUUUGACGCGGAUCUGCGGACGAGGUUACUCCGUCAAAGCCCGGCAGGAGGUGGAGGAGGAGGUCGGUGCGGGCGCCACCGGGGGCUUCUGCGGACCUAUGGAUCACUACAGCGGGCUGAUCAGAGACGGGACGCUGCGGGAGGACGAGCACCAGAGAGCGGUGCUGCAGAGACUGGACGAGCUGCACAAAACCCUGCGAGGAUACAGCAACACUCCCACAUCCAUCUUCUCCAAGUUUUUCACAAAACCUAAACCUCCAAAAGGCUACUACAUCUUUGGUGACGUUGGCACAGGAAAAACAAUGGUCAUGGACAUGUUUUAUUCAUAUGUGGAGACUGAAAAGAAGAAGCGGGUUCAUUUCCACGGCUUUAUGUUGGAUGUGCAUAAAAGGAUCCAUCGGUUAAAGCAGAGUAUGCCAAAGAGGAAAGCAGGUAAAAUGGCCAAAUCCUAUGACCCAAUUGCUCCAGUUGCUGAGGAGAUCAGUGAGGAGGCUUGUGUUUUGUGCUUCGACGAGUUUCAGGUCACUGAUAUCGCUGAUGCCAUGAUUCUCAAGCAGCUUUUUGAGAAUCUGUUUCUGAACGGAGUUGUUGUCGUGGCCACUUCUAAUCGUCCUCCUGAAGAUUUGUAUAAAAAUGGGCUGCAGAGAGUCAACUUUGUGCCUUUUAUUGCCGUGUUGCAGAAAUAUUGCCAAACUCUUCGGCUGGAUUCUGGGAUCGAUUACCGCAAAAGGAACAGACCCUCCGCGGGAAAACUCUACUUCCUCUCAAGUGAACCUGACGUAGAAGCGACUCUAGACAAGAUGUUCGAUGAGCUGGCUUUCAAGCAGAAUGACAUUACACGACCAAGAGUUAUGAACGUUCACAACAGGAAAGUGCGCCUGGACAAAGCUUGUGGGACCAUUGCAGACUGUACGUUUGAGGAGCUCUGUGAUAGACCUUUAGGGGCCAGUGAUUACCUUGAGAUGUCCAGGCUGUUCGACACCAUCUUUAUCCGUCACAUUCCUCUGCUCACGCUCAACAAAAAAACUCAAGCCAGGCGGCUCAUUACACUCGUGGACGCUCUUUACGACCACAAGGUGCGGGUGGUAAUUCUUGCGGACCACCCUCUGGAGGACAUUUUUGUGCACGACGGGGAUCGCGGCCACGACGAGAGCCACAUUCUCAUGGACGAUCUGGGGCUGAAAAGGGACGAGGCCAGCAGUCUGUCCAUCUUCAGCGGAGAGGAGGAGAGAUUUGCCUUCCAGAGGACGGUGUCUCGACUCACAGAGAUGCAGACAGAAGAAUAUUGGCUGGAAGGGGACAGAAGCACAAAAUCGCAGGUUUAACAUUUGGACCGUGUCACACAAAGUCCACCCUUCAUACGCUGUGCUCCUCUGAACACUACUCCUUCUCUUCCAACACAAACCCAGUGCUGAACAGUGUGCGUGCAAAUGUUGCACCGAAGAUAUUUAUUGAUAUUUUAAGGCCUUUUAUCACUUUAAUGCGACAUUGCACUUGUUUUAGAUGAGCCUCUGGGUGUCAUAUUGCUUUUAUCUCUGUAUCAAACACUGGUCCAACUGUAUUUAUUUUUAUAAAUAUGAGCGAAGAGGCCGGAUGACUUUUGGAAAUGGACUUUUAUGAAGUUUUAAGUGACAUUUAAAUGAACCUCCAUUGUGGGUUGUGUUUGACUCUUACACGAGUCUAAGUGGCAGCAGAUUGGUCUUAAAGUAUUUUAGAGUGUUAAUUUCUGAUGAUUUAUGUGGAUGGUGCUUGUGAAAUUUCACACGUGUACUGAACAAAAACAUUUGCACGAUGAAAAGAAACAAAACAUGUAAACAAGUGUUUAUUUGACCUAUUAUACCUUUUUUUCAAUGUAAACGUGUUCAUAAAUGAAACUGAUGAGCGUUUAGAUGAGGGUGUGUAGCCGAUUUACAUGAAUUUAGUUUGUUUGCUUUACAAAUACAAAGACAUGGGGACGUGUGGGAUGUGAAAGUGAGGAAAAAAAACUUCAAAGUACUUCUGUGCAAACAGAAGUGUUAUUGGUACAGACGAACGGUUUGGGGUAUUUUUUUUUCUUUUAUCUCCUGGAACCUGAUGUUAUUUCUGCUUAUUUGAAUCAUACAAUUCAGGAAUGUUGAACCUUGAAACCACUUUUACACAAACUUCAACCACACAUGCAAAAAUUAGACUUUAUGAGUUUGUCCAAAUGUGGAUUUUGUUGAACUGAACGUUUGCGUUGUUGCAACAUCCUGCAAGAAUGACAAACAACACCCAGCGGCACUGCAAACUAUAUCUCAUCAUUCUUUGGGCUGGAUUAAUAUGUGACUCAUAUUUAUCUCCAUGCUAACAAAAUAUUGAGUUCUACUAAAAACAUCAAUUAUCUUUUUAUUUAACAUAAGAGUUACGUAUAAAACUGUCCCAUUUAAAUGUGUUUUGUUUUGCAUUAAUCUCACCCUAAUUUACAGGCUACCAUAUUAAUUUAACAAAAUGUUACUGAGGUCAUUUCCUUUUUAGAGGAAGAUUAAAGUACUUUUGGACGCCAUGACCUUUUAAUUUGACAACUUUUGGGACAACUAAUGAAUAAUUACACAGAGGAUUUAUUUUUGGUCGUCUCAUCAAACAUUUAAUGGGCUCAGUAUUUUUAAAUCCCUGGUUUCUCUUUGGUUUUAUAUAA